AUGGAAGCAAAGUCGGUUGUUUUGUUGUUAUCAACGGUCUGGAUUGCCUGUGUCGCUGUAAAUGAAUUCUACUCUUCAACAGAUCAUAUGAUUCAACUUAUAGAUAUCGAAAAAAGGUUUGCCACAUCCCUUCAUGAAUAUAUAGAAGAGCUGGAGCGCCAAGCAGAACUUCUGAAGAGGAUUCUGAAUGCCUUUGUGAGUGACUUUGAUGACACUCCUAAAGACCCAGAGAAAUUCGUCAGCAACCCUCUUGCGGCGUACCGGCUUGUGCGGAAGCUGAGUCGAGUCUGGCCGAACACACUGGACCUCAUCGAAGGAAGACACGCUAAAGAUGUGUUGGAAGACCUGAAAUCUUGCGCUCAGACUCUCCCCAGCGCAGAUGAUGUAGAAGGAGUGGUGAUGGCUUUGGUUAGACUGCAAGACAUGUACAGAUUAGAUCCAAGGAGCAUCAUGUUAUUUUCUGAAACCAACCACAACUUAAGACUAGAUCCAGAUGAAACGUUCCAAAUCGGCACGAUCUCUUCUCUCAAUCGACGCUUUCAGUAUGCCCUCCUCUGGAUGGAAGAAACCUUCAGCAAACUCAGUCAGGACGAGGAAGCCGUUGUUACUGAAGAGGAGGUUCUUUUCCAGCUUGCUUCGUUUUCCCAUCAGAUCCAGCUGUCAUCUGGGCGAGACCCCACAGAAGGAGAUCUUCAGCCUGCACUUUACAAAAACAUAAAAAAGAGCAUUAAGACCUGGACUGCAAAAUACAUCCCUCAUUUUGACUCACCUGUUCACGACAUGAACACAGCAUAUGAGGCUCUAUGCACAGGCAAGAGGGUUAUGAUGACGCCUCAGAGAGAGAGAAAACUGGUGUGCAGGUACAGAACAGGAAGAGGAAACCCGCUGGUGCUCUUUAAAGAGGAAGUGGAGUGGGAUCAGCCUACGAUACUACGCUACCAUGACUUUCUUUCUGAAGGAGAAAUGGACACCAUCAAAACACUGGCCAGGCCAAAGCUUUCCAGAGCUAAAGUCAUAGAUCCAGUCUCUGGAAGAAAAGUUCCUGCAGCAUCCCGUGUGUCAAAGAGUGCGUGGCUCUCUGAAGAUGAAGAUCCGGUGAUCACACAGGUCAACCAAAGAAUUGCUGAUGUCACUGGUCUAGAAUUGGAGACAGCAGAGGAGCUCCAGAUAGCAAAUUAUGGAAUUGGAGGCCAAUAUGAGCCACAUUAUGACUCGAAGUUGACAAAUGACUCAGACUUUCAACGCAGAGGAGGCCGGAUUUCUACUGUCCUAAUUUAUUUGAGUGACGUGGACAUUGGUGGGGCAACAGUGUUCCCUAUCAUUGGUGCGGCACUUCAGCCAAAGAGAGGUACAGCAGUGCUGUGGUUUAACCAUCUAAGAAAUGGAAAUGAAGAUGCCAGGACUUUACAUGCAGCAUGUCCGGUGUUUGUAGGCAAUAAAUGGGUUGCCAACAAGUGGAUUCGUACCUAUGGGCAAGAGUUCAGAAGAAAGUGCUCUACAAUCCAAUCGGAUUAAAAGACCCAAAGCAGAUUGCACAGAAACAUUCAUGAUCUCUAAGUAAUGCGAUUCAGCGAGGAGAUUAGAUGGAUUCAAACUUCAAUUUAUUUAGAGGAACACUUUUUGCUUUAACGUCUGUAAAUGGAGUGUUCGUUUUUUUGUGAUAAAACAACACUAUCUCACGACC